CAACCUUGCCGAUCUGAAGUUUAAAGAGAGCGAGGACGAAGGAGGAAGAACGGUGGCGGUUGGGAUGUUCAGCAGAGAAGGGGAGUAUGUGCCUUUCUCGGAGCCCUGUGUGUGUGAAGGCCAGGCAGAGCGCUGGUUGAGUCACUUAGAGGAGACUAUGCGCUGCACAGUCCAGCAGGAGAUCAUGGAGGCUGUGGCUGCCUAUGAAGACAAGCCUCGGGAUCAGUGGCUCUUUGACUACCCUGCCCAGGUUGCCCUUACUGGCAGCCAGAUCUGGUGGGCAACCGAUGUGGGAAUAGCCUUUGAUCGUGUCGAAGAAGGGUUUGAGACGGCCUUGAAAGACUACAAUCGGAAACAGAUUGCUCAGUUGAAUGCUCUUAUCAACAUGUUGCUCGGAGACCUCACCCCUGGCGAUCGUCAGAAGAUCAUGACAAUAUGCACAAUUGAUGUACAUGCUAGAGACGUUGUAGCCAAGCUCAUAGCACAGAAGGUGACUAAUGGACAGGCGUUCGCCUGGCUGUCCCAACUACGACACCGCUGGGAUGAGGACCCAAGGCAUUGUUACGUAAAUAUUUGUGAUGCUCAAUUUCAAUACUCUUAUGAGUACCUGGGAAACACCCUGAGGCUUGUCAUUACUCCUCUAACAGACAGGUGCUACAUUACCCUGACUCAGUCACUCCACCUGACUAUGAGUGGAGCUCCCUCGGGCCCUGCUGGUACUGGCAAGACUGAGACCACCAAGGACCUGGGCCGGUCUCUGGGCAUCAUGGUCUACGUUUUCAACUGCUCUGAGCAGAUGGACUACAAGUCAAUUGGAAACAUCUAUAAAGGCCUGGCCCAGACGGGAGUGUGGGGGUGUUUUGAUGAGUUUAAUCGAAUAUCUGUGGAAGUCCUGUCUGUUGUUGCUGUACAAGUAAAGACCAUCCAAGAUGCCAUUCGAAACAAGAGACAAAGGUUUCAUUUCCUUGGGGAAGAAAUAGAAUUAAAACCCACGGUUGGGAUAUUUAUAACACUCAAUCCUGGAUAUGCUGGAAGAACUGAGCUACCGGAGAAUCUCAAAGCACUAUUCAGGCCUUGUGCAAUGGUGAUUCCAGACUUUGAGCUCAUCUGUGAAAUAAUGUUAGUUGCUGAAGGUUUCAUUGAUGCUCGCUUGCUAGCCCGGAAGUUCAUCAGCCUGUACACACUCUGUCGAGAGCUCCUGUCUAAGCAGGAUCAUUAUGACUGGGGCUUGAGGGCUGUAAAGUCAGUGUUAGUAGUGGCUGGUUCCCUGAAGAGGGAAGACAGAAGCAGGCCUGAAGAUCAGGUUCUGAUGCGUGCCCUGCGGGAUUUCAACCUGCCCAAAAUAGUCACGAACGACGUGCCCAUCUUCCUGGGCCUAAUAAGUGACCUGUUUCCUCUGCUGAAUGUGCCCCGAAAGAGAGACCUGGCUCUGGAACAGAUGGUGCGCCAGUCCAUUGCUGAGCUCCACCUGCAGCCAGAGGAAAACUUCACCCUGAAGGUGACACAGCUGGAAGAGCUGUUGCAAGUGAGGCAUUCAGUCUUUGUUGUGGGAGGUGCAGGAACUGGCAAAAGUCAGAUUCUAAAGACUCUCCACAAGACGUAUGCCAACAUCAAAAUAAAACCAGUCUGGAACGACAUCAACCCGAAAGCUGUGACAACAGACGAGCUGUUUGGUUUUCUCCAUCCUUCCACCAGGGAGUGGAAAGAUGGUUUGUUUUCUUCAACAAUGAGAGAACUGUCCCGUAUCUCUCAUGAUGGACCCAAGUGGAUCGUGUUGGACGGAGACAUUGACCCCAUGUGGAUAGAGUCUCUAAACACUGUGAUGGAUGAUAACAAGGUCCUUACUCUGGCUAGCAAUGAGAGGAUAUCCCUGACGUCCUCUAUGAGAUUAGUAUUUGAAAUCAGCCACUUGAGGGCAGCCACCCCAGCCACUGUCUCCAGAGCAGGCAUCCUGUAUGUCAACCCUCAGGACCUGGGUUGGAGCUCGUAUGUAACUAGCUGGAUUGAUACUCGACAGGCUCAAUCAGAAAGAGCUAAUCUGACUAUAUUGUUUGACAAGUACGUUCCUUACUGCUUGGAGCAAGUGAGAUGUAAUCUGAAAACAAUUACACCAAUUCCUGAAAACAGUAUGGUGCAGACACUGUGCUCUCUGCUGGACUGUCUGCUGACCCCUGAGAACACUCCUCCAGAUUCACCACGGGAGGUCUAUGAAAUUUACUUUGUCUUUGCCUGCGUCUGGGCUUUCGGUGGUGCUCUCUUCCAGGACCACCUUCUCGAUUAUCGUUCAGAAUUCAGCCGCUGGUGGACAAAAGAGAUGAGAGCAGUAAAGUUUCCCUCUCAAGGCACUGUGUUUGAUUACUUCAUUGACCCCCAUACCAAGAAAUUUGCACCCUGGGCUGACAAGAUCCCUCCAUUUGAACUUGAGCCUGAUGUUUCUCUACAGACGGUUCUGGUGCACUCGGCAGAAACCAUUUGCCUGACGUAUUUUGUGGAUUUACUAGUGAAGAAAGGCAAACCAGUCAUGUUAGUCGGGAACGCGGGAGUGGGGAAAACGAUCUUGGUUUCAGAUAAGGUUUCCAAGCUGUGCGAAGAUUAUAUGGUGGCCAAAGUUCCCUUCAAUUACUACACCACCUCAGCUAUGCUGCAGCGUGUUCUUGAAAAACCACUUGAGAAAAAAGCUGGAAGAAAUUUUGCUCCGCCAGGCACCAAGAGGCUAAUUUAUUUCAUUGAUGAUCUAAACAUGCCAGAGGUAGACAUCUAUGGCACUGUCCAACCACACACUCUCAUUAGACAGCAUUUAGACUACAGCCACUGGUAUGACAGGCAAAAGUUAGUUCUGAAAGAAAUACACAAUUGCCAGUAUAUCACCUGCAUGAAUCCUGCAGCCGGGAGCUUUUCAGUGAAUCCAAGACUCCAGAGACAUUUCUCCGUGUUUGCUGUGCAUUUCCCUGGGACUGAUGCCUUGGUCACCAUCUACAGCAGUAUCCUGAGCACCCACUUCCAGCAAGGGGGCUUCAGUUAUGGAGUCACUAAAUCCGUCAGUACUCUGAUCCAGGCCGCCAUCUGCCUGCAUCAGAAAAUGACCCAGAACUUCCUGCCCACGGCCAUUCGGUUUCAUUACAUCUUUAAUUUGAGGGAUUUGUCCAACAUUUUUCAGGGAAUCCUGUUUGCUUCCCCAGAAUGUGUCAGAUACCCAACUGAUUUAGUGAACUUAUGGCUUCAUGAAUCAUCUAGGGUUUAUUCUGACAAACUAAUGGAGGAAAAAGAUGUCGAGCUUUUCAACAAAAUUCUGAUCGACACAGGGAAAAGAUACUUUGAGGGAGUUGACGAACACAUGUUUAUCCACCAGCAUCUUAUCUACUGUCACUUUGCCCAGGGAGUCGGGGAGCCUCGAUAUUUCCCUGUUUCUGACUGGGAGAAACUGCAUAAGACUUUGACUGAGGCUCUGGAGCAUUACAAUGAGCUACACGCUGUCAUGAACCUUGUUCUGUUUGAAGAAGCAAUACAGCACAUAUGCCGAAUCAGCCGGAUUCUGGAGGCGCCGCAUGGGAAUGCCCUUUUGAUAGGGGUUGGUGGAAGUGGAAAGCAAAGCUUGUGCCGUCUGGCAGCGUUUCUUAGUGUGUUGGAAGUAUUUCAAAUCACUCUUCGCAAAGGCUACGGGAUCCACGAUUUAAGGAGUGACAUUGCUGCCCUAUAUAUGAAGGUUGGGGUGAAAAACAUCGGGACUGUCUUCCUUCAUACAGAUGCUCAGAUACCAGAUGAGCGCUUUCUAGUACUAAUUAAUGACAUGCUGGCAUCAGGGGAUAUUCCAGACCUGUUCAGCGAGGAGGAGGUGGACACUGUCAUCUCCUCCAUUCGGAUGGAGCUGAGAGGAUUGGGGCUGCUGGACACCAGAGAGAACUGCUGGCAAUUCUUCAUCGACAGGAUUCGCAGGCAGCUGAAGGUUGUCCUGUGUUUCUCUCCCGUCGGCUUCACUCUGAGAACCAGAGCAAGGAAGUUUCCAGCUCUGGUGAACUGCACCGCCAUCGACUGGUUUCACGCUUGGCCUCAAGCAGCCCUGCAGUCUGUCAGCAGCACUUUCAUCGAGAAGAUAGACGGACUGGAUCCUGAAGUCAAAGUUUCCAUAAGUGAGUUCAUCUCUUAUGCCCACACCAGUGUAAAUGAAGUGAGUGUCAAAUACCAGCAGAAUGAGAAACAUUAUAAUUACACCACACCCAAGAGCUUCCUGGAGUUUAUGAAACUCUAUGGCAAUCUACUCGAUAAGAAGAGGAAAGAGUUAACCCAGAAGAUGGAGAGACUUGAAAAUGGACUUCAAAAACUGCAGACAACAGCUUCCCAGGUGGAGGAUUUGAAGGCGAAGCUGGCGACUCAGGAAGUGGAACUUCACCAGAGGAACAGGGACACCGAGGCUCUCAUUGCUAAAAUAGGCCAGCAGACCGAAAAGCUGAAUCAAGAGAAAGCUGUUGCUGACGCUGAAGAACAGAGGGUUGCGGCCAUCCAAGCAGAAGUUACUAAGCAGCAGCAGGAGUCAGAAGAUGACCUGGCCAAAGCAGAGCCUGCCCUUAAUGCUGCCAAUGCAGCUCUUAAUACCUUAAACAGGUUAAACCUGACUGAGCUGAGGACAUUUCCUACUCCACCUGCUGUUGUUACCAAUGUGGCAGCGGCUGUUCUGGUGCUCCUGGCCCCUCACGGCCGAAUCCCAAAGGAUCGAAGUUGGAAGGCAGCUAAAAUGUAUAUGAGCAAGGUGGAUGAUUUCUUGCAAGCGCUGAUGAAUUUUGACAAGGAGCACAUCCCUGAAGCCACUGUCAGAGCAGUGAAGGAUGAGUACCUCAGCGAUCCUGAGUUUAACCCUGAGUUUGUUCGCUUAAAAUCGUCAGCAGCAGCUGGGCUCUGCGCAUGGGUUAUUAACAUUAUCCGCUUCCAUGAGAUGUAUGUGUUUUGCGAAGUGGAACUGAAGCGCAAAGCCCUUUCCCAGGCCAAUACCGACCUGGCUGAGGCUGCCGAGAAACUGGAGGUCAUUCGGAAGAAGCUCGCCGAACUAGACAUGAACCUGGCCACCUUAACAGCGGCCUUUGAAAAGGCGACAGCUGAGAAACUGCGCUGUCAAGAUGAAGUGAAUAGAACUAACAAGACCAUCGAGCUGGCCAACAGAUUAGUGAAAGGUCUGGAGUCAGAGAAUGUGCGCUGGGCUCAUUCAGUGGCUCAGUACCAUGAGCAGGAAAAGACGUUGUGCGGGGAUUUGCUCUUGACCGCUGCCUUCAUCUCCUACGCUGGCUCCUUCUCCAAACGAUACCGCCACGAGCUGGUGGAGAACUUGUGGAUGCCGUAUUUGAGGUGCCAGAAGGUGCCUGUUCCGAUGACCGAAGGGCUCGAUCCAGUUAGCAUGCUCACAGACGACGCCACCGUUGCGCGGUGGAACAACGAGGGGCUGCCGAGUGACAAAAUGUCCACCCAGAAUGCCACCAUUCUCGCAAACUGCGAGCGCUGGCCUCUCCUGAUUGACCCUCAGCUGCAAGGCGUCAAGUGGAUAAAAAACCACUGUGGCCGUGAUCUCAAAGUCAUCAGCCUGGGUCAGAAAGGGUAUGUCGACAUCAUUGAGCAAGCUGUUGUCGAUGGGGAUCCUGUUUUAAUAGAAAAUUUAGAAGAAACUAUUGAUCCAGUCAUAGAUCCACUUUUAGGGAGGCAUACCAUUAAAAAAGGAAGGUAUAUAAAGGUUGGAGAUAAGGAAUGCAGAUUCCAUCCUGGGUUUCGUCUGAUACUGCACACUAAACUGGCUAACCCUCACUACAAGCCUGAAAUACAGGCUCAGACCACCCUAAUAAACUUCACGGUAACCAGGGAUGGACUGGAGGACCAGCUGUUAGCUGAGGUGGUCAACUUGGAGAGGCCUGAUCUGGAACACUUAAAGUCUGAUUUGACCAAACAGCAGAAUUACUUUAAAAUUGAACUGAAGCUGCUGGAAGAUGAGCUGCUGACCCGGCUGUCUGCCGCAGAGAGUAACUUCCUUGGGGAUAACCUGCUAGUGGAGAAGCUGGAAACAACCAAGCACACAGCUGCCGAAAUCGAGAUGAAGGUUCUGGAAGCGAAAGUUAAUGAAGUAAAAAUUAAUGAAGCUCGUGAACACUAUCGUCCUGUGGCAGUAAGAGCCUCUCUGCUCUACUUCAUAAUGAAUGAUCUCAAUAAAAUAAAUCCAAUGUACCAGUUCUCACUUAAGGCAUUUAAUGUUGUGUUUCACAAGGCUGUGCAUCAAGCAGAACCUUCUGAUGAUGUCAGGAGGAGGGUAAAUACCCUCAUUGACUGCAUUACCUUCUCCAGCUUCAAUUACAUUAGUCGAGGCUUGUUUGAAAGAGACAAACUUACUUUUACAGCCCAGCUGGCCUUUCAGCUUUUAUUAAUGAGUAAAGAAAUGAGUGUCCGAGAACUGGAUUUCCUGCUCAGGUUCAACAUCGACCAUAACUAUAUCAGUCCUGUAGACUUUCUGUCAAACUCGGCGUGGAGUGCCAUCAAGACAAUGAGUUUCACAGACGAAUUUCGAGGACUGGAUAGGGAUAUUGAAGGAUCCCCGAAACGCUGGAAAAAAGUGGUUGAAUCGGAGUGUCCAGAAAAAGAAAGGUUUCCGCAGGAAUGGAAAGCUAAAAGCUCCCUCCAGAAGUUAAUAAUGAUGCGUGCCCUGCGCCCAGAUAGGAUGACGUACGCAGUGAGAAAUUUUGUGGAAGAGAAGCUUGGAACAAAAUAUACUGAAGUGCGUAAAACUGAGUUUGCAAAGUCGUUCAAAGAAAGCGGCCCAGCUUCUCCGGUCUUUUUCAUCCUUUCCCCUGGAGUCGAUCCUCUGAAAGAUGUUGAAUCCCUGGGAAAAAAGAUGGCGUUCACCAUAGACCUGGGGAAGCUGCACAAUGUGUCCCUGGGGCAAGGCCAGGAGGCUGUGGCUGAAGUGGCUCUGAAGAAGGCUUCAAAAGAGGGCCACUGGGUUAUCCUGCAGAAUAUUCACCUGGUGGCCAAGUGGUUGGGGAGCUUGGAAAAGCUGCUGGAGAAGUACAGUGAAGGGAGUCACCCCGACUACCGUGUAUUCAUGAGCGCGGAGCCAGCUCCCACCCGGCAGGAGCACAUUAUCCCCCAGGGAAUCCUGGAGAAUUCCAUCAAGAUCACCAAUGAGCCACCCACGGGUAUGCUGGCUAAUCUGCACUCUGCGCUUGACAACUUCGACCAGGAUAUUCUAGACCAAUGCUCCCGGGAGCAGGAAUUUAAGACCAUUCUUUUCUCCCUCUGCUACUUUCACGCCUGCGUUGCCGAACGGCGCAAAUUUGGACCUCAAGGUUGGAAUCGCAAGUACCCCUUUAACACCGGGGACCUGACCAUCUCUGUCAAUGUUCUGUACAACUACUUAGAAGCCAACUCACAGGUGCCGUGGGAGGACCUUCGCUAUUUGUUUGGAGAGAUCAUGUACGGGGGCCAUAUUACCGAUGACUGGGACAGACGCCUGUGUCGCACCUACCUGGAAGAGUACAUGCAACCUAACCAGUUCGAUAGAAAGUUGGCUUUAGCUCCGGGGUUUGCCGUUCCUUCAAACUUGGAUUACCAGGGCUACCAUCGGUACAUCGACGAGAUGCUGCCUCAUGAAAGCCCGGUGCAUUAUGGAUUACAUCCUAACGCAGAGAUAGAAUUCCUCACCGUCACCUCCGACAAUCUCUUCCACACACUGCUGGAGCUGCAGCCCAGAGACUCUGUUAUCGGGGAGGGAUCCUCCCAGACAGUGGAGGAGAAGGUGAAAACUAUCCUUGAUGAUAUUUUGGAAAAACUGCCAGAGGAGUACAAUAUGUCAGACAUCACCUCCAAAACAGCAGACCGCUCUCCUUAUAUAUUAGUAUGCUUUCAGGAGUGUGAACGAAUGAAUAUCCUUAUAUAUGAAAUACGACGCUCGCUGAAGGAGCUGGAUUUAGGACUCAAGGGUGAGUUGGCAAUUUCCUCAGAGAUGGAGCGACUACAGACAGCUCUUUUCUUUGAUAAUGUUCCUGACACCUGGACCAAGCUAGCAUAUCCAUCAACAUACAGUCUAGCACAGUGGUACAAUGAUGUUCUAAUGCGCUGUCGAGAGUUGGACAGCUGGACGCAAGACCUGGCUUUACCCAGCGUCGUCUGGCUCUCCGGCCUCUUCAAUCCUCAGUCCUUCCUCACAGCUGUAAUGCAAAGUUUAGCACGAAAAAACGAAUGGCCAUUAGAUAAGAUGCACCUCACUGUGGACGUAACGAAGAAGUUCAAGGAAGAAUUCAAUCAACCCGCCCGAGAAGGUGCCUACAUCUACGGCUUGUACAUGGAAGGUGCCCGGUGGGACACGCAGGGAGGGUACCUGGCCGAGGCCCGGCUCAAAGAGCUCACGCCCGGCGUGCCCGUGAUCUUCGUGAGGGCCAUCCCGAACGACAGGCAGGAGACGAGGAACAUCUACGAGUGCCCCGUUUACAAGACCAAACUGCGGGGCAACACCUACGUGUGGACCUUCCACUUGAAAACCAGAGAGCGGCCCGCCAAGUGGGUCCUUGCGGGCGUGGCUCUGCUCCUGGGUGUGUAGAGACCUCCUAGGACAGCCCUGCCCUCAAAAGUGCUUCACUGAACAGGCACCUGCUGCGGUUUUUUGAGUGGCGUGGCUCUGCGUGGAUAUGAUGAUUUGUGGUGGAAGUCAUUCAGCAAAAUUCUGCUAUACAUUAAGCAAGGCGUUGCUUUAUUUUUGAAAACAGAGCACAACAAUUUUAACAGAGUAUGAAACAGGCUUGAAAAUAAUUAAAUUCUGAUUUAUAAGAAGCUAGGUGUUGAGUCGCGUGAAUGAUUAAAAAUAUUGAAGUUCAACACUUUUUUGCCUUCUAUUACUUGUAUUUUAACUUUUCAAAACUAGCAGAAACCAUGAGCAACAGGAAACUGUAUUUCACAGGUGACAGAAAUGAAAAGGUGAGGAGGAUAGUCACUGGAAUCAUCUCUGUGCCAGCCAACUUCAAUUUGGCUUUAUUUAAUAAAAAACAACAUUUAGCGCAAUUUUAACAGGUAAAGAGUAUGAAACAGGCUUGAAAAUGAUAAGUGAGCCCUUUUGAAAUAUCUGGUUUACCCAAGAAUCUGAUAAAUCAAGAACAGAGACACUUUAAAGCGCAUCCUAACAAAAGUUUGGUCGUCAUUUCUUGUAAUCUGUUGUAAGUCACAUAAGAGAUUUAUACAAUCUAAAAAAAUGCCAUGCCGAAAUCUCACAGCUGAUCAGUAAAAAGAACUUUAUACAUUUAGAACAAUGUAAUCUAACAAUGGACACUGCAUAGCAAUUUUAUUACAAUCAAUAUU